AAAGCGCAUCAAAGACUAAACUGGUUCUCAGUUAUAGUUUCGAUGGAUGGGAACCAAUCUAGCCAAUGUGAAUGUCAAUAAUGCGAGAAAUAUCAAGAAGUGCUUUUUGCAUGUUGAAAUCCUUGUCGAGACCUUGGAAUUAUGUUCAAAGUGCAAGCUAUAUGAAGAUAAAGAUUCCUCCAAGUUAUGAUGAUGUUGAAUUUCCUGACAAGAAAAAAUUGAAAUUAGUUGACAAAGUUCCUGUGUCCAUCCAUGCCACCAACAGUAGCUUAGCAGUACAGCAGAGGAGUGAGGCCAAGCACUGCAGAGGGCCGGAGCUGAUCAACUCCAAACUACUGUAUGGACAGUACGGAGUGCAGGCACGGGAUGGGGGAUACCUUAACAGCAAACAUUUUGAUGCCUGGCGACUGUAUAUCAAUGCGAAAUUGACAAGUGACAUGUUCGCUGAAUGGCGUGUGGAAGCUCCGUGGAAACCGGUGACUAAAAAGGGACAAGGAAAACGCAUGGGGAAAGGGAAAAGUCCCAUCUCCCAUUACGUAACGCCAGUGAAAGCCGAGCAGAUCAUAAUGGAAAUCGGAGGCGAAAUCGAAUUAAGACAAGUGUACAAAAUGUUGCGCCAUAUUGUUAAUCAGUGUCCUUUUGAAGCUAGAAUUGUGAGUGCUGAAAUUCUGCAGAAAGAACAAGAGAAGGAAGACUGGAUUAAAAACAACAAUCUGAAUCCAUUUUGCUAUGAAUACUGUGCAAAAAACAAUUUUCUUGGAAUUAAAAAAGACCUCAGUCCCUAUGAUUUAAUAUGGUUUGGCAAAUAUAGAUAGAAUGGUGAUAUUAAUCUUAGUAAAUAAAUGUGGUCUCUGAA